AUGGGUGACACCAGCAGCCAUGCAUCCCAUCCCUCUUCAUCGCUGAUUCCAGCCGUCAAAAUUGGUGCUCUGAGCGGGACCGCUGGCCUUUUGUAUGGCGCUACCUCUGGUGUUCUGAAAUUGAAUCGCCAUCCUGUGAUCCAUUCCAUCUCACAUGGCAUUCAUUGGUUCGCGUUUGGGACCUCCUUCUGGUGGGUUCGAAGCAACAUUCUUAGGAUCCAGUUCCAGGAGAGCCCAACUUCAAACCAGCGCGCCUAUGCAAGUGCAGUCGCGGGAGGAUUGUCGGGCGGUGCAGUCACUUGGUCUAUUCACAGGCGCUUUGUUCCCGGGAUGGUUGCUUUCUCCCUUCUCGGCUACGUGGGCCAGCUGUCGUACAAUAUGGUCGAUGGCUGGCAUACGCAGCGAGUAACCCAGCCGAAGACGCCAUUAGUAGAGCGCAUUGUCGAAUCAAAAUGGAUACCUAUCAAAUCUCUGUCGGAUGAAAAGUACAAGGAGCUGUUGAACGAGAAAUUGCUGGGCGUGGAAGUAGAAAUUGCUUUGAUUGAUGAUCGUAUCAAGGAGCUUCGUGAAUCUUAA